GUAUGUAUGUAUGAGAGUGUUUCUUCAUUUAUUGAGGGGCUCCAGCGAGGGAUAUUUAACUGUGUUGCCCUUACAUUCGGGGACCUAGUUUCAUUCUUGCAUUUCAACUGGUAACAACUACCAGAUAAUAUAUCGACAUGGAGGCCAAGUCACUCCUGAUCUUAUGUCUGGCUUUCGGCAUCUGUUAUGCCGAUGCCGAUGCUGCUGCUAAGGCCGUAGCCAAGCCUGAGGCUGCGGCCGAGGCUGAAGCUCUCUUCUUCAAAGGACUCUUCAAAAAGAACAGAUGCGGUUGCCGGGACUACUACGUGAAGCGAUGCGAAGCGGCCAAAGAGAAGGUCUGCGAGACCUUCUACAAGGAUGCCUGUCACACCACCUAUAAGGAGCAUUGCGACUAUGAGACCAAGAAAGAUUGCCACACCACCUACAAGGAACACUGCGACUACGAGCAGAAGCAGGAAUGCCAAACCACCUACCGGGAAGAGUGCAAGCCCUCGUACAACUACGAGAAGAAAUGCAAGAAGAUCCCCGAGGAGAAGUGCCACUAUGUCACUGUGCCCAAGUGCCACAAAGUGCCUCAAGAGCACUGCAAGGACUACACCGUGCCCCAUUGCAAGAAAUAUCCCCAGGAGCAUUGCAAAAAGAUCCCCCAAAAGAAGUGCCACUAUGUCGAAUAUUACGUGGCCCGAAAGCAGAAAGCCAAUGAGUGCCAACACGAGCAGAAGUACUAUGUUGAGAAGUACCACACAGAGUACAAGCAACAUUGCCAGAAGUACGAGGUGCCCCACUGUAAGACCACCUACCACGAGGAGUGCCAAUACGAGCAGAAGCAGAAGUGCCACACCUCCUACAAAAAACAUUGCGACUACGAGCAGAAGCAGGAAUGUCAAACCACCUACCGAGAAGAGUGCAAGCCCUCGUACAACUACGAGAAGAAGUGCAAGAAGAUCCCCGAGGAGAAGUGCCACUAUGUCACUGUGCCCAAGUGCCACGACGUGCCCCAAGAGCACUGUGAGGGUUACACCGUGCCCCAUUGCCAGAAGAUUCCCCAACAGUACUGCAAGAAGGAGUACAAGCAAAAGUGCGAGAAGUACCCCAUUGAAGUGCCUUACAAGAAAGAAGAGUACACCUGUGUCUGGCCCGAGUACAGAAAGCAUCAUGACGAUGACCAUUGUUAAGCCUCAACAAGUCAUCAGUUUUGUCUGUGUCCCAGAGACACUACAUCUAAAAGAACACCUUCUACUGCCGCUUCUACUCUCCACAUUGGCGGUACGAUCCUCGCUAUUAUCCUAAGGGCGUGCUUCUCAAAAUCAACAACUUGCACCACCAGACUUCAUGGUGCCCAAUUCAAGCUUAUCAUCCCCAAACAAUCGCAAUCAAAAGAGAAGAAGAGCCAGAAGAAACUUCGAACUUGAUCCCAUGCUUUUUGGUCCGUUGAGAGACGGACCAUUUUACAGAAUGAGAUUGACUUCCCAGCAAGAUCGACGACAAGGAGGCAUCUCUGUCAUCGCACCUGUGACAAAACUAUCACAAGUAUCUAUUUCCCCUCAAUCAUCCCCUUUCCCUAAUCCCCCACUCUCAGCCCCCAACUAUUACAACUUCUACAACCAACAACCAACGGAGGAGCUAAAAUUGACUCUUUAUUUUGUCAACGUGAACACAAACCCCGAAAGGGCAUUUCAGUACAUGAAUCAUGUUUUAUUCUAUUUAUUUCACUGCAAUAUUUAUUAUGAUACCAUGUUGGCGAAAUAAAAUUCACUUUUGUCCUUCGCAAAACAGAAAA